UGUGCGGAAAGUCCCAGCCAGGUGUGUGGGUCUAUGGGGAGGGGGUGGCCCCACCCCUAAGGUAUGAAAGCCCCCCUGCCCUGGCCCUGGCUCAGUCUCCAUGGGGACACUGGGGCUAGAGGGCCGGGGUAGGAGGCCCCAGGGGAAGGGCUGCCUCCUGCUGGCUGUGGCAGGAGCCACCUCCCUGGUGACCCUGCUGCUGGCUGUGCCUAUCACUGUCCUGGCUGUGCUGGCCUUGGUGCCCCAAGAGCAGGGAGGACAGGUAACAGGGACGGCUGACCCGGGGGCACAGGCCCAGGCCCAGCAGCGAUUGGGGACACAGGUGCUGCCAGAGGAAGAGGCAGGAAGAGAUUUCAGCUCCAGGCUCCCAGCUGCCCACCUCAUAGGUGCUUGGACGAAGGGGCAGGGGCUAGGCUGGGAGGCCAAGAAAGAAGAGGCGUUUUUGAGGAGCGGGACGCAGUUCUCCGGCGCCGAGGGACUGGCGCUCCCACAGGACGGCCUCUAUUACCUCUACUGUCACGUCGGCUACCGGGGUCGGGCGCCCCCUGCCGGCGGGGGCCUCCUUGACCACUCGGUCACGCUGCGCAGCCGGCUGUACCGGACGGGGGGCGCGUAUGGACCGGGGACUCCCGAGCUGCUGCUGGAGGGCGCAGAGACCGUGACCCCGGUCUUGGACCCGUCCCGGACGCACGAGUACGGGCCUCUCUGGUACACGAGUGUGGGCUUCGGGGGCCUGGUACAGCUCCGGAGGGGCGAGAGGGUGUACGUCAAUAUCAGUCACCCCGAUAUGGUGGACUACAGGAGAGGGAAGACCUUCUUUGGGGCUGUGAUGGUGGGGUGAGGGCCGCUUGCGGCCCCGGGGAAAGCGACUGCAUGGCUGGAAUGUGUGACCCAGCCCAGAUAUUGGGGACCCGGCCUCCAGGGACCCCGUGGCAGUGGGAAAAAUGUAGGAGACUGUUUGAAAACUGAUUUCGAGCCUGAAGAAAAUAAAGAAUGUAAACCUUUAGUGUUGCCAAAUACA